UGACGGCGUAAUCACAUGACUAGGCUAGCCGGCCGGCGAUGUAGUCCGCGAGCUCAGAAUCACCGCGAUCGUCUCACAGCGCUGACGUUGCUGUUAUCUGCGUACAAAAAACAACAAACAUAAAAAAACAAACAAUCUUUGAACUAUGACUUGAGAAAGCAUUAAGUUCUCUUAACUCUGCAGUGUUUUGUUUUGUUUUGUGCAACAGUUUUAAUUUUGUGCCCAUACGGGAACAAUGUGACAUUUAAUUAGUUAUCGGAAUAAAGGUAAUUAUUUUUAGUGAUAGUGGUGACAAAGUGUUUACUGGAUUUUUAUUUUUCUAUUUGUGAUUUUGAAUUCGAAUAUGGAAACACGCAAUUAUUGGGAGGAUAAUUCACAUCCCGUGAAAUAUAACAACUACAACUCUAACGACGAGUUUGGGAGGGGAGGCGAGCAGUUGAACUUCGCCGCGCCGCCGUCCGAUGACGAGGCGGACUACCCACCCGGCGCCUAUCUCAAGAAGGGGAAGGUCUCGAGGCAAGAUCCUAUGUCUCAUCGGAUCAUAGAGAAGCGACGUCGCGAUCGCAUGAACAACUGCCUGGCGGACCUGUCCCGCCUCAUCCCGCCGGAUUACCUCAAGAAGGGCCGCGGCCGCGUUGAGAAGACUGAGAUCAUAGAAAUGGCGAUCAGACACCUCAAGUUCUUACAGGACCGCGUCAAUGCGGCCGAGCGACAGGCUGGCGAGGAAUUCCGCUCCGGAUACCAAGAAGCCGUAGCAGAGGCUGUUCGCUUCCUCGUCGAGGUUCAGGGCUUCUCACCGAGCGACGGACUAUGCGUGCAGCUCGCUUCGCAUCUGCAGCGACACUGCGAAGUCGUUACCAAAGGUGACGCGAUGCUACGUGAGAAGACACGGUCAAAUCCCGGGACGUCAUCUUCAGAGACAACAAGUUCGUCGAGCAGUUCUCAAGGAUUCGCAGUCAAGGUCAUCCAGAGGCCUGAAGUACCGCCGGCGUUUCAACCGGAGCCUUAUGAGCAGGAACUCUCAACUGGGCCCUCAUAUCCUACGGAAUGUGAAAGGGUACAAAAUCCACCAGAAGCGGAGAGUGCAGAGCCCUUGCAGCUGGACGGCCGCUUCAAGCGCGAGGCGCUGCGCAAAGUACGCAAACUGGACCACUCUGAACACUACCUCCAUUCCUACAAGUUCAAGAACUCUAUAGAGAGGCGAUUUAGCAGAUCGCUGGAUACCGAGGUGAAGGAUUCUACACCGCCCAACGGAGUUAAUGGAGCGAGUCACGGCAAGCUCUUGAAGAGGCGUCGAGCCAUCAAGCCAGCUCCUCCCGCAUCCACAUCUGCAUCCACUUCUGCAUCCACCUCCACUGAAGAUGCCAGGGAUACCUCGCCACAGGAUACAUCAAGUGAAUCGCCUCAUCACCACCAGUACGACAAGCCUCAGCUACCGACGCAAUAUGUGCCAGUCUUCGCUCUCAAUUCAUUAGGAAAAUACUACGUGCCACUAAGCGUAGAGUACAGUUGCAUAGCACGGCAGCUGGGCGCUAUGGACGCAGACUCACGCCCUGUCACAGCGUUGCAUCCUGUCACCAUACACGUCAACUUUCCCUGCCUCAACUACCAUGUGAAACGGGAGCCCGGUGAACGGCAAUGGCGACCUAUGUAAAAAGGCUUCUAGCCAGACUAGUACUAAGAAUUUAAAAAAUACAAAGUAGACAAUGUGUUAUAUACUACUUGUUGAAAACUUGAUUUAUUAAAUACAGACCGCAUAGUGUGCGAUUUUCUAACUAUGUUUAUUAAUUCGCCAUUUUUAUAGCUAUCAUCAAACUUAUCUACGAUCACUCAGGGACACUUAUAGCUUCACUUAAAGGGUCGUUAAGUAGCUUAUAUAAAAAACUUUUUCACUUUACUUUUAGUUUCAGAGAUCAAGCUUUAUAGUUGGCCGGCAUCAGUUACAAUACCGUACUGUCGCUAGAUGGCGCUUAUCAUAUAAAUCUUGUAUUUCAUACAUUUUUUUACAAACCUAUUUCAGUCAAUGAAUUCUAUAUACGCAUCUAUUAGAAAAGUAGUAUAUAACACGUUUAUGGCUAAUACUAAAUACACAUGUGCCAAAAAUUAAUUCCGUACAACGCUGCUGGUACAGCCAUGUACCUAUUUAAAUCUUUGACAAGAUGUUCUUCAAGGAUCUUUGUUACAAUGAUGUAACAUCCAAACGAAUGUUAAAAGAACUUGGCUUUGUGCACUACCGUGCGCCUUGGAUAAUUCCUUUGUUUGAAUAUGACAGAUUUUGUUUGUAAUACUUAUAUUUUGGUGAUAUUAUAUUUAAGCUGGAUCCACGCGCAAGAUUGAUGUCGUACUUUGGUAUCCGAUCGUAGUUAAUGUUGACGCUACAUUUUCGAAUUUGUUUGAAUUAACUAUGAAAUGGCGAUCAUCAUUGGCGUGCAUAGAGGGUAUGCACAGGGUAUGCAGAUGAUAUAAAAU